AUGGCCAUUUCAAACUUCUCCUUUUAAAUAAAAAACUUGUAACGAAAAACACCUCCGAAAUAGUGAACACUUCGAAACUGGCGGAAGAAACAAACAUCGAGGAUACAUCCCCCCACCCGUUUGAUAUGAAACAAUUUAUGCCAAACAUCCAAGCUGCAUAUUUCUGCAUCGAAAGGGAAUAACGUUUCUUUAUUACAUUGUAUAUUGUACAUACGUAUGUAUUGUCCCACGAAACUUAUUAAAACUUUUAACAUAUCAUUUAAAUUAGAAAAUCAGUUUUUUUAACUUUUCUCCACUGGGCUAUUUUUAAUACCAUCCCAAUACGUUUAAGAACUGUUUUUUUUUUUUUUUCAUCUUCUCUUUUGAACUUUUUUUUUUUUUUUUUUUAAUCAUUUUCCCCCCCCUUUUGUAAAAAAUGGAUAUGCUAAAUCCUCAGUUCGAAGAGAUAGGGAAAGAGUUCGUCAACCACUACUUCCAGCUGUUCAACACGGGGAGGAACGAACUGGCUGCACUUUACAAAGACAUCAGCAUGAUGAGCUUCGAAAAUGACCAGUGCAGAGGAACAAGUCAAAUAAUCGAGCGACUCAAUAAACUGCCGCCCACCGUUGUCCACAAAUGUCUAAGUCUAGAUAUUCAGCCGACGCCCAAUAACGGGAUCCUAAUUUUAGUGUGUGGAGACAUCAUCAUUGAGGAGAAUAAGCCAAUCAAAUUUGUUAGGAGCUUCCACCUUUUCCCCUUGCCCAGUGGGGGAUACUUCAUUUUUAACGAUUUAUUCAGAUUUUGCAUAGGUUAACCGGCAGCACAGACGGAGUAGCGGAGGAGCGCCAGUACCACGGCGAAGUUGAAACAAAGGAAAACUUCGCCAAGAUGAGAUGAAGGAAAAAUUCGAGAAGUCAUUUUUGCGCGACUAGCCUAUUUUGCGCGCCUUCGUUUAUUUAUCGUCGCCUUUUUGCCUUAUCCUUCGUCCCCCUUUUUUUUUUUUUUUGGAAGAAACAAAUUUAAUAAUUAAAUACGAGUUGUUCAUUUUAAUAACCACUCAUUCACCAGUGCAUUUUCCCAUUAUUUUUUACACCCCCAUUGCGCUUUCCACAUUUAUUGUUUAAGAAAAGGAUAUAGGUCAUAC